CGAGUUGCCUGAGAAACAGUACCGUCAUUAUUUAAGAACUCCCCGGUGAUUGGUCCGCCCCUAAGGUUAAACUUAAAAGCCCAGGUUACCCAUGGAAGUCUGUACUGCCUGAUGACAGGGACGAUGAACCUGAGGAGCAGAGCCCAGCUGCUGGGCUGCGUGCUGGGGCUCCGCUCCCUGGCCCUGGUACUCUGGGGCAUCCCUGGGGCCAGGGCCCUGGACAAUGGCUUGGCGAUGACCCCUACCAUGGGCUGGCUGCACUGGGAGCGAUUUAUGUGCAACACUGACUGUGAAGAAGACCCGGAUUCCUGUGUCAGUGAGAAGCUCUUCAUGCAGAUGGCAGACCUCAUGGACUCAGAAGGCUGGAGGGAUGUAGGUUAUGAGUACCUCUGCAUUGAUGACUGUUGGAUGGCUCCCCAAAGAGAUUCAAAAGGCAGACUUCAGGCAGACCCUAAACGCUUUCCUGGUGGGAUCCGCCGCCUAGCUGAUUAUGUCCAUGGCAAAGGACUGAAGCUAGGAAUUUAUGCAGAUGUUGGAAAGCUAACCUGUGCAGGCUUCCCUGGGAGUUAUGGAUACUAUGACAUUGAUGCGAAGACCUUUGCUGACUGGGGAGUAGAUCUGCUGAAAUUUGAUGGUUGUCACUUUGACACUUUGGUAGAUUUGGCAGAUGGUUAUAAGUACAUGUCCUUGGCCCUGAACAGGACUGGCAGAAGCAUUGUGUACUCCUGUGAGUGGCCCCUUUAUAUGAUGCCCUUUCGUAAGCCCAAUUACACAGAAGUCCGAGAGUACUGCAAUCACUGGAGAAAUUUUGCUGACAUUUAUGAUGCUUGGCAAAGUGUAAAGAGUGUCUUGGACUGGACGUCUUCUAACCAGGAGAAAAUUGUUGAUGCCGCAGGACCAGGGGGUUGGAAUGACCCAGACAUGUUAGUGAUUGGCAACUUUGGCCUCAGCUGGGAUCAGCAAAUAACUCAGAUGGCCCUCUGGGCUAUCAUGGCAGCUCCAUUAUUUAUGUCCAAUGACCUCCGACAGAUCAGCCCUCAAGCCAAAGCACUCCUUCAAGAUAAGGAUGUAAUUGCCAUCAACCAGGACCCCCUGGGCAAGCAGGGGUACCGGCUUAGAAAGGAAGACAACAUUGAGGUGUGGGAACGCCCUCUCUCGGACUUUGCCUGGGCUGUGGCGAUGGUAAACCUGCAGGAGAUUGGUGGACCUCGUUUUCAUACCAUCUCUCUUGCUUCCCUGGGUGGAGGACUGGCCUGUCUUCCUGCCUGCCUGAUCACAGAGCUCCUUCCUGUGAAGGGAAAGCUUGGGUUUUAUGAAUGGACUUCAAGUUUAAAACUGCGAAUAAAUCCCACAGGCACUGUUUUGCUUCGGCUAGACAGAACAAACUAGAUGGCAUAAGAAAGCUUCCUUUAAAGUGUAUAUUUCGUUGACCAAGUGAAUACCCCACUUCUACCUUGUCUUCCAUUCCCACUUCAGCUGUUCUUUUAUUUCCUUGAAUAAAACUGUCCACAAGUGAGCUUUUUUAAAACUA